AUGUCCGCCGACGCCUCGACGCGACGAUUCAAGAUUUACACCAAGACGGGCGACGCGGGGACGAGCUCGCUGUACAAUUGCGAACGACGCGAUAAGGACGACGCCGCGUUCGACGCGCUCGGGGACGUCGACGAGUGCAACGUCGCGUGCGGGAUCGCGCGGGAGUUUUGCGUCGAUGAAAACAACGGGCUCGAGGCGCAGCUCGCGGAGAUUCAGAGUCGAUUGCUCGACGUGGGAUCGGCGGUGGCGACGCCGCUGUAUGCAAGCUCGGACGCGAUGAAAGCGCGCGCGGCGUUUUCGGAGACGCACGUGGAGACGUUGGAGGGAUGGAUCGACGGGAUGGACGCCGAGUUGCCGGCGCUGUCGAGUUUUCUGCUCGUGUCGGGGGGGAAGGCGAGCGUGUUUUUACACCAAGCGCGCGUCGUGUGUCGACGCGCGGAGCGUAGGUGCGUGCCGUUGGUGCGGAGCGGAGCGGUACCGGACGUGGUGCGGGUGUACUUGAAUAGAUUGAGCGAUUACAUGUUCACCGCCGCGCGUUUCGCGGCGAUGAAAGCGGGCAGAGAGGAGGAGGCGUACAAAAAGUCGACGGCGAAUUGA